AUGCCGCCCAAAAAGGUGUCGCUUCCACCAAAUCCACCACCCGAUCCGUCCCAGUCCAUCCCAUUACAGUACACCACCUUCUUCUCUGUAGCACCGCUCAACGCCAAAAACGUCUCGUCCUCCUACCUCAAGACAGAGGCACAGACGUGGAUUUCACGUUCUCAGUCAGCCGUUCAAUCGCUCGUUCUCUCCAAAAAGAGGAGAUUAGACGCUCCAGAUGCUCCAGAUGCUCCAGAUGCCAGCAUCAACAUCGACGACGACGAUGACGACCUCGACGCCGAACACGUCCAAGCCGAAGCGGCUGAGAACUCUCCUGCACACCGAACCAUUGUGAUUCAUCCUGGCUCCAACAAUCUACGCUUGGGUCGAGCCACCGACCUGUUUCCCAUCACGCUACCCAAUGUGAUUGCGCGUCGUGCAAAAAAGCUCGCGCCACAGUCGCAAGCCAGAUCUGAUCUCACCAACGCUAUGCGCGCCACAGAUGCAUCAACAUCGAACCCGUCGAAAUCAAUCGAUAUGGAUGUCGAGAUGACCGACGAACAAGCCAUCCCAAAAGCUGCUGCAGGGGAUGCUGAUGCAGAGGAAAAACCGCAACAACAACGACGACGAGACGACGACGACGACGACGACGAAGACGAAGACGAAGAGGAGGAGGAGGAGGCGGUCGCACUCAUACGCAAGAACCCGCGAAGAUCGGCCGCCAGCGCAUCAGAAAAGCCCUCCGCCUCAAUCUCUUCAGCUGUCACACAAGACGCGUCUGAAUCUUGCAAAUCUUCGCUCGACCAAGGUAUCGAGACGAUCCGAAACGACCUUCGUGCCAUCAUGCGGCAGGAAAAGCUUCGCUCCGUCGGAAAUGCCAAGAACCUCGCUGCCAACUACAACGACAGCUCGCAGCCGGAAGAUGUGCCUGAACACAACGAUCUCUUCGGCCUCGAGUGGACAGACCAAGACAUGGAUGGCGACAACGAUGUCCUUGUAGGCGAACAGGCGCUCCGUCUUCCAUGCUUCUCUCAACCCAAAACACCAGAACCCAAACAGCAAGCACAGAGACGUCCACAACUACACCCCACUUCGGCCGUCAAACCGCCCUGCUCUCCUGAAACCAGCCGGUCUUGGACACUCUUCCGUCCGUUCAAGCGUGCCACCCUGGAUCUCAACGCCUACGAGCAGCACUAUGGUGCCUCUGCUGCUGUACAAGCGCUGCUCGGAGACGUGCGCACCAUCUUGGAACACGCCAUCACCUCGCCACCUGACAGCAUCGAUGACAGGCACGAGACGACAAAAGUGAUGCCAGUUGGACUCGGCAUUCCACGCCAAGAGUUCCACCUUUGCACCGUGAUCCUCAUUGUGCCAGACCUCUUUUGCCGCUCCGACAUCAAAUCGCUCGUCGAGCUGCUGCUCGUCGAUAUGGGCUUUGCACAGGCAUGCAUUCAACAGGAAAGUGUCUGCGCCACCUUUGGUGCUGGUCUCUCAUCCGGCUGUGUAGUCGACAUGGGCUCCGAAAAGAUCUCGAUAUCUUGUGUCGAAGAAGGCCUCAUCUUACCCGAGACGCGCAUCCAACUUGCCUAUGGCGGUAACGAUGUCACCAACUUUCUCGCAGAGCUCUUGAUCCGCGCCAAGUUCCCAUACCGAGAGCUCGACUAUCGCUCCAGUGUCGCUGACCACAUGCUGAUUGACGAGCUGAAAUGCAAACUGGCUACACUCAACCCGUCAGAUGUCGGACUCAACAUUCACGAUUUCUACCUUCGAUUGCCCGCCAGACCUACGAUCAAGUACCUCUUCAGGACGUACGACGAGUUGAUCAUGGGGCCCAUGAGUCUUUUUGACCCGCUCGUCUUUGAUCUGGAUCACAAGCCCAGAGCCAAAGGCAAGUCGGAAUCGCUUUUCAAGGAUGAUGACGGCCAGGAUGAGGGUAUUGCCGAGGAUCUGACCGAAUUGAGCGUGCUGCACGGCUUGGAUGUACCCGUGACAGGCGCCAUGACGUCGUGUGUCAAGCAUCUGUUGCCACCACCGCCCGCUCCCGCAGCACCAUCUGCCGCCGCAACAGCGUCAAGCACAAGCCACACUGGCACGGAUGCACUGGCGGUCACAGCUGGAUCCGAAGCUGGCACGCCUACUGCCACCACUGAUGUGAAAAGCAAACUGGACGCCGGCAGCGCCAUGCCUUCUCGAGCCGCUUCGCCUUCGGCUGUCAAAGCGGAUGCGGCGGGCGCAGCUGAUACUGGAAGCAUGUUCGCCUCGGCCGAUGCAUCGGCUCGACCGUCUCCCACGCCGCAACCAUCUGUGAGCGGUGCUGCGGGCGCGAGCCAAGACGCGCAACCAGCGGUGCCAUCAGGCGCUACGAUCGACAUUCACUACGAAGCUUCGAAAACCGCUCUGGACGUAGCCAUCUUGAACUCGCUGCUCACAUCGAUCGGGCAGGUGGGUCCGGCGGGCGAUGAACGUCUACGCAAAAUGUCGAACAACAUCCUUUGCGUCGGCGGCACAGCGCGCAUCCCAGGACUUGGAGCAGCGCUCGAAGCCAGACUGACGUCGAUGCUGGGCAACCACUUUCUUGCAACGACGGGAGAUGCCAACAACGCGCCCAAGGUAACAUUGAUACCGCCUCCCAGGGAGAUGGAUCCGCAGGUGCUGGCGUGGAAGGGCAUGAGCGUGUUUGCCAGGUUGGAGGCGGCCAGUCAGGAAUUGUGCCUGAGAAGGGAGGAUUGGUUCUUGUUCGGCUGGAGGGCGUUGAGGGAAAAGACGCUGUUUCUUUAG